CUCUCAUCAACAGUCAAGUUGUUGAGUCUUCUUAUUCCAUUUCCACCUAAGAACCUUAAGCCAGCCACAUUAGCUGGUCAUAUACACAAAGAAAAAGUCUCAGAACACGCCAAAACAUAAGCAAGCUCUAGUCUUUAAAGUCUUCUGGAGGUGGAUAAGGAGAUGGAGAUAUGAAUUAAAGCAUGUUUGUUCAUGGAUUUGUGUGUUUUUAGAGCUGAGUUGUGUUAAAGGGGGGAAAUUUGAUUUUUUGGAUCUGAAUUUGGGGUUUUUGAGCUGGUGGACUUGAGAUUUUAGAUGCGUUUGUUUUGAUUUGGCUCUUGAUUGGCUGUUUUGAGGAGAUAAAAGAGGAGCAAAAUGAGUUGGAAGAGUAGAGGAGGAGGAGGAGGGUUUGAGUCAGCUUCAAAGAAUGCAGUUUCAAAAAAAUGGACUAUUUUGUUUUGUAUUGGUUGCUUUUGUGCAGGGAUGCUCUUCUCUGAUAGAAUGUGGACAGUGCCUGAAGUUAAAGAUAUACCGAGAGGAAUGGGGGUUGAGGAUGAAAAGCUAAAGCUGAUUUCUGAGGGUUGUGAUCCAGUUAGUAAGGAUGCAAAGCGUGAACCAGAGGACAUUAUCGGGGAGGUUUCAAAAACCCAUCAUGCUAUACAAACAUUGGAUAAAACAAUCUCAAACUUGGAGAUGGAGUUGGCUGCUGCAAGAGCUGCUCAGGAAUCAAUUAUUAAUGGUUCUCCCUUGUCAGAUGACAUAAAGAUUAGCGAAUCAAGUGGUAAAAGGAAAUAUUUAAUGGUUGUAGGAGUUAAUACUGCUUUUAGCAGCCGAAAACGAAGAGAUUCAGUUCGUGCUACUUGGAUGCCUCAAGGUGAAAAAAGAAGGAAGCUUGAGGAAGAGAAGGGCAUUGUCAUGCGCUUUGUAAUAGGUCACAGUGCUACUUCUGGUGGUAUCCUUGAUAGAGCCAUUGAAGCAGAAGAUAAACGACAUGGUGACUUUUUGAGGCUGGAACAUGUAGAAGGUUACCUUGAAUUGUCAGCCAAGACGAAGAUAUUUUUUGCCACUGCGGUUGCUUUGUGGAAUGCUGAUUUCUAUGUCAAAGUUGAUGAUGAUGUACAUGUAAAUAUAGCAACUCUUGGAGCAACUUUGGCUAGGCAUCGAUCCAAACCCAGAGUGUACAUAGGCUGCAUGAAAUCUGGUCCAGUCCUAGCUCAAAAGGGAGUGAGGUACCAUGAACCUGAAUAUUGGAAAUUUGGUGAAGAAGGAAACAAAUACUUCCGUCAUGCUACAGGGCAGCUAUAUGCUAUUUCUAAAGAUUUGGCUUCUUAUAUAUCAAUUAACCGGCAUAUGCUACACAAGUAUGCCAAUGAGGAUGUUUCAUUGGGGUCAUGGUUUAUCGGAUUGGAUGUAGAACACAUAGAUGACAGGAGACUAUGUUGCGGUACCCCACCUGAUUGUGAGUGGAAGGCUCAGGCAGGCAAUGUGUGUGUUGCCUCGUUUGAUUGGACCUGCAGUGGCGUCUGCAAGUCUGUUGAGAGGAUGAAAGAGGUCCACCGGCGUUGUGGGGAAGGUGAGAAUGCUUUGUGGAGUGCAGUCUUCUAAACAAACCAAAAACAACAUUUCUUCCAAACUCAGGAGGAAGCAAGUAAAGGGCUUGAGGUUGUUUUGGGGAUGUUGCUAUAGAGAAACCUAUGUAAUAUCGAAACAUCGAAUGAGACAGAUAUGCAUCAGGCAAGCAGGAGAGAUUUUGGUUGCUGAGUUUUCUGCUCAAUUUUAGACUAGGAGAGAGACUCAAAAGCAGUUUUAAGAAAGGAGAAGAGUUUGUAUUUUAACCAUUCUUUGAUUGCUCUCUGGGGGGCAUUUUGUAAGCGUGCCAUAGCUUAUGGAACCUUCAUAAUAAGUGCUGAGAAUAGCUUUUGCUGCCUUGUGCUUCAUAAAUUAGCGGCUUUUUGUGUUGCUUUUAAUAGAUUUGUACCUUCUUUAUGUGAUUUGUAAAUAAAAUAGUGAUGAAGAUUCCCCCUUUUGAUGA